CCUCGACCAUUGCUGCUGCGCGCUCUGCAUGCGCCGGUUGACCCCACGUCCGCCGCCAUGAUGCCCAAGUCUAACAGCAGCCCAGACGACGGGCUGGAGCUCGAACGGGUCGCUGUCGGACCCUACUGCGUAUUCGACAGCUUCAAACCACCCCUGAGCCCUACUAGAUCAAGUCGCCAGACGCCGCCCGGCGCAUUCGGAAAGAACAAAGCAAGAAUGGAGGACCCGAUAAUGUCGUCUGAUUUUCCAUUCAGCAGUGGCGUGCGCCCGUCAUGGCUCACCACCGCCGCAGAUGACAUGACGCUGCCCGCACCCUCCGACGAUCUCAACUCUUUCCAAGAGUGGAUGCAGUGGGACCCAAACACGUCGCAGGCUCCUGACCUCAAGCCGCUCAACGUCCAAGGCCCCGCCUGCCUCCUCAAGCCCGACCAACAACGCCCGCCCAUCUUCAACCGCCGCCAGAACUCCCAGCUACGCGACGCGUCCCUCGGCCUCCCAUCCACCGGUGUGCCCACGACCGCGCCGAUGCCUGCGCGAACAACAGGCGCGCCCUUCUCGUUCGGAGAAAGCGUUGAGCUCCCGCCUGCGUUCAAUUUCGAUGCCAACACGCUAAGCUCGCCCUCAUCCGGCGAAGGCCAGCAACAGAGCAGCUUCUACCCCACCCCGAUGUGGCAGCAGCAGCAAUCCGACGACAAUCCCAUCUUCUCGCCUCCCAAGUUCGGAGAGCUAGGCACGUCCGCCGCUCCAGCCCCCGCGCUGUCAACACCAAGCCUGCACAACAGCCACAGCCCCAGCUCGACCCACAAUGGCCGGACCAGCUCCUCCGCACAUUCGUCGCCCGAGCCGGCACUCGAGAACUCGAAGAAGAGGAAGUCGUCCACCGACGAGACUGAACCAGCACUGGGAGGUAAGAGGGAGAAGCAAUUGCCGCCAAAGAAGACUGCACACAACAUGAUUGAGAAGCGAUACCGGACAAAUCUGAAUGAUAAGAUUGCCGCUCUCCGCGACAGCGUACCCAGUCUGCGCGUUAUGUCACGUCCGGGCGCAAAUGGAGAAGAGGAUGACGACCCGGAAGAUCUCGAAGGGCUCACACCGGCCCACAAGCUCAACAAAGCUACCGUGCUAUCGAAGGCUACUGAAUAUAUUCGACAUCUUGAAAAGCGUAAUAAGCGUCUGCAAGAGGAGGUCAACGCUUUGAAGGGGCGCGUCGAGAGCUACGAGAAGAUGGCGAUAUCAGGACCCAUGUCUCUCCAUGGUCCUGUGAGCACACCAGACGGGAGCAGGUAUCAAGACGACCCAUUCACACCGUCCCAUGGCAUGCCCAUGUCCGGGCCGCCGCAAGGCAUGAUCCCUGUACCAGAGAACAUUGCAAGUCUACACCGCGGACUCCCGCCACAGCCUCACUAUGCGCCCGCGUAUCCGCCCUUCUCCGGCUCUUCUCGUCCCGGCCAAACCGGGCCCCCGCUAGUCAAUGCGCGACGCGGCAACGGCAUGAUGGGCAAGCUCAUGGUUGGCUCGCUUGCAGGUUUGAUGGUUCUGGAAGGCCUGGCCGAAAGGCAAGGAUCCAAAGAAGAGCCAGCAGAUCGCGGGCUGUUCGCCCUGCCCUUCAAUUUCGCUGCCAUCCUCACCCCUCAAGUCUCCUUCGGCGGUGCAACUGCACAGUUCCCGCUCGCCAAGCUGUUGCUUAUCUUCGGUGCCGUAUUCUACAUUAUUGCGCCACUCCUAGACUUUAGAACGAAGCCAAAGAAGAAGUCUGCGCCUGCAAUUGUCUUGUCUCCCGCUCCUUCUCUUGCUUCCCCCGUGGAAGUGCGGCGGCAGGCCUGGCUCACCGCGAUCCAAACUGUAUGGGUUCCUCGGCACAACUUCUUAUUAGAAGUCGCUGCCCUAAGCCUGAAGACACUGAAGCUCAGCACGCGAAAGAUCAUUGGCUGGCUUGGAUAUGCAUUCCUCACUGGUAUCACGAAAGAGCAGGAAGCUGCGCGGGUGAAGGCAUGGAACAUUGCGCUAGAUGCCCAGCUUACCGGUGGUGAUGCGGAGAUCAGCAAGAGCAGGCUAGUCUUGACAUUGAUGGCGUCUGGAACCUUACCUGAUACCCCUGCUCGACUGAUGCUCAAGGCCCUGCAUCUCCGGGUCCUGCUUUGGGAGCUUGCCAACGCUGGUCACGGUUACGGGUGGAUGCUCGACAACCUUAGCGCGAAGUUGGCUCGGAGAUAUUGGAACAUGGCUCGAAGCGAGCAGAGGAUCGCUGCUAACAUGGCUUCAAAACCAGACAGCGAAGCCGAGCCCCUGCCGGAUCACCUGGCGACUCUGCUAGAGAAGGAUUGUGACGAGGUCCUUGUCCCCAGCAUCGUCCAGCGCGCGUACAAUCUCGCUUGGAAUCGGCCCAUCGCAGAGCAGACGGCUGUGGAUCAAUCUAUGGAUGGCGUUGUCGAAGAUUUUGCCAUCUCUUCUCCCUUAGACGCGCUUGCGGCUUGGUACUCUAGCUAUGUCCUCAAGAAGGGUCUGGCUGGCUGCUUAGCUUCUAAGAACGGCACAGCAAAGGAGAAGGUCAAGUCUGAUCUGGAGUUGGCGGCACAAACCGCACCUCUGACGUCCCAGGCGCAGCUUAGAGCUCUAAUUGCGCAAGCUGUUGUAUUGGACGAUGAUCGCGCCUCACGCAUUGCUACCGCUUUCAAAGCAUUGCCGGCUCCUACCUCCUCCACCGGAACCACUCUCAUGAAUCUUGUUGGCGCCGCUCCAGUAGCAACGGACAUCCAGAUGGCUUUAACGCUGGCCAAGUGCCACGUCCUCGUGGAAAUUCCUCAAUCCGAAGCCCGCCGGCAAGCCAUCGUUGUGGUCAACAACACCUUCCUCCCAGAAGCGACUACGACUCUGCUUAGUUUUGUUGCAGGAUACAAGAUUCUCAGCCAUUUCAUUCGAGACCCGUCGCUCCAAGCCGAAGCCAGCUAUGGCCUUGAGCGUCUUGCCAGCUCAUUACGCAAGUGGGUAGGACACCAGACGGGCCGUCGCAGUGGUCUAUCGAACAAGGUGCGGGGCCGCAUCGUCAGCCGGUGCCUAGACGCAAGCAAAACGCUUGUGGGUCUAGCUGAGCGCGAAGAGAUUGACGAUGGCUACGUCAGCUCGAGCGUGAAGGGCGAUUGAUCUCGACAGUCAUUCCAUUUCCUUUGUUACUCAUCAUACCUCGGACAAGUUUGGCGUUAUACGGCACUCGAUAUUCUGUGGAGUUUUGGUCUCAUGUACUGGAGUAUCUUUCGGACGAUGUUUGGUAUCAAGCUUCAUUCAACUCUGCUUGAUCAAAAAAGGGCAGCGGAGGUUAUGACGAGUUGCUGUUUCUCAGUGCGGCUAUUCGGCCUGUUUACGGCCUCCGUGGUCUUCGUUUGCUUGGUUCAGGCUUUAGGGUAUCGGAAGGCUUUCCUACCCAUGGAGAUUUCAUCAGCGGUCAGCUCUUCUGUCGGUAUGCUCCUCUCACAUGCUUUCUAGCGUCUAAAAGAGCGCGUUUUUGUUUGGGAAAGGAGAAAUGGGUUGAGAAUGGGUGGCCAUGGUUCGGUCUCCGCGGGUCAGAUUCUGGGCGACAGGGUCACUACUAUCACGCUUAAUGCGGAGUAGAG